UAAACGACAAAACAGAUGACGUAUCCACAUUACAUCCGUGUAGAGUUGUAAAGAUGGCGGAAGUAGAUGAAGCCAACAAACCUUUGUUUGCCGGCCUGUCAGAUGUCUCCAUAUCUGAGGAUAUUCCCGUCGAGGGAGACAUUGCUGUGCCUAUGGCAUCCAGUAGUGGAGAUGAUGAAUUUUCCACCCUGGAUGAACCGGUCAAAGACACCAUCUUGAGGGAUUUGAAAGCUGUGGGGAACAAAUUUGUUCACGUCAUGUAUCCCAAGAAGAGCUCAGCGCUCCUCCGAGAUUGGGACUUGUGGGGACCUCUGCUGCUGUGUGUCACUCUCGCUCUACUGUUGCAAGGAGGAUCAGCAGACAGCAAAGAGGAUGGAGGGCCCCAGUUUGCUGAAGUUUUUGUCAUAAUCUGGUUCGGUUCUGUUAUUAUCACACUCAACUCCAAACUUCUUGGAGGUACCAUAUCGUUCUUCCAGAGUCUCUGUGUGCUGGGCUACUGCAUCCUACCUCUGACUGUGGCCAUGCUGGUGUGUCGACUGGUUCUGUUGCUGCUCAACGCGGCAACAGCCAGCUUCAUUGUCCGUCUCGUCAUCGUGACCGCCUCCUUCGGCUGGUCAACGUUUGCUUCCACCGCCUUCCUGGCUGACAGCCAGCCCACCAACCGAAAAGCUCUGGUGGUGUACCCCGUCUUCCUCUUCUACUUUGUGAUUGGCUGGAUGAUCCUGACGUUCUCACCGUCCUCGUAAGACAAAGACCCACGUGUGUGUGUGUGUCCGUGCGUGUGUGUGUGUCGUACACGGGCCACGCACAAGGACACGCUCCAUGUACGCUUCUCUUCCCGUCUCUGGUCUCCGCCCCACCACCAUUACCGCCGCCGCCGCCGUCGCUGCAUCGUCUUCACAGCACCCCAUUGGUCAGCGGGUGUGUUCCAUUGAUCAUCAUUGGUCAGAGGCGACUGGCGGGUUGAGUGUGGAGGACCGGGUAAAAGAGCAGUGAUGCUCAUUCCUUACUCCAAAUGAGGGAAUAUAAGGGGCACAGGCCAUAGUUAAAACCAGCUUUACAGACAGACUCACUCGUCUCAGUCGAAUGUCAUUCCUACUUUUCACUGUUUCCCUCCCUGAACUUCUGCUGGGUUGCUUGGUUGCAUCAUGAUGACUAUGGCAGAGUGGGGAUGUACCCGCGGAGGUGAACACUGGCUUGUGUCUUUGAAGGGAUUUUCUUUUUUUUUGUUGGCCCUGAUAUCCUUAUCUAAUCCUAUUACUGGGUAUGUGAGAGAACACUUCUCUGAUGUGCAGAUUAAAUGCAAUUGCUCACUAGAUUUGUGUGUGUGUGUGUGUGUGUGUGUGUGUGUGUGUGUGUGUGUGUGUGUGUGUGUGUGUGUGUGUGUGUGUGGUCGUGAGGUGAGCAUGCUGAUAUCCCCCCCCCCCCCCCCCCUGUGGUGAAGAACCCCCACCCCCUCCCCCAGUGAGCUAUUUGUGAGAUUCAUAAGAUGGACCACUGAUAUGGAGGAUAGAGAUGCAUACAGAUACACACACUCAUGCACACCACACACUAAUGCACCCCAUGCUGUGCAUCAGUAUGGGUUAAACCAUAGGAGCACCUUCCUGUGGAGCAUUGAUUGUGUGUGUGUGUGUAAAGUGUACGUGUGUGUGUGUGUGUGUGUGUGUGUGUGUGUGUGUGUGGGUGGGUGUGUCUGUGUGUGUGUGUGGUAAGUGUACCUCUAAACGUGCCUAGCAAUUGGAGGGUUGCUAUGAUUGUCUCAAGAGGGAUUUCUUUCCCUGAUGGAGCAUUCUACAGUAUAGAAUGUGACCCACACACACACACACACACAGAGUGAAAGAAACAUCCUCGUGCUCUGCAACCUCGUGUGUGUGUGUGUGUGUGUGUGUGAACACAGUUUACCUACUUAGUGCCUCUUUGUGGGUGAUAUUUUGUGACACUACGUGUCAAAGGGUUUCGAUGGAAGGUUUAUUAAUUUUUUGUUUUAUUUCUGUUUUUAUUCAAUCAAAAAUGAUACUGACACUUUCUAGUAAUUGCUAACACAUUUGAUUGUGUUGCUUGGUGGUCAUCAUAGUGUUUAACAUUUAACUUAGUAUUAACUUGUCUCUGAUUUUCAUUUUCGAAACUUUAUUUUCUCUUUUUGUUUAGUUUAUGGAUGUUAAAUUUAAUAUUUAUUUCCACGUUUGUGGAAAGUUGGAGAAAGUUUUUCCUUUUUUUUCCAGAAUACGUAUGCCUAAUGUGACAUAAUUAAAAUGUGAUAUAAAGGUGAAUUUCUCUCCAA